UAAGACAUUCUUUAUAUAUAUUUCAGGAUGGUAAACAUACAACAUCUCUACAUUAUUCAGUGAAGAAUGACGAGGAUGAUACCUCGCUACAUAUUGUAGACUUCCUCGCACAAAAUACGUACGUUUUGUCCUUCUCAAAUGACCUGCUUUGCUAAGUUAAAGUGGAAGUUAUAGAAAUUUCGUAUCGCUGGGCUUGUGUACUGUCCUGUUAACUUAUUGUAGAUGUCAUUAGUUGCAGAUGCCAUCUACUGUAUAAUUAGUUAUAUGGAGUGUACAGUAGAUCUGUAGAUGCUCCAACUCCUGAUAUUUAUGGAUAAUUUGUGUUCUUAUAUAUGAUUAUUGCUGUGUGUUCAAUAUAGUUCUAAUAUUGACGUGUUGUCAGACGGUAAUUCAGCCUUGCAUCUUGCCGCUACUCUAUGUAAGAGCGAGUGUAUUAAGGUACUGGUGCGUGCCGGUGCGAAUGCUACUCAAGUGAAUGUACUUGGUCAGACGGCGCUGGAUAUUGCUAUGACUGAAGAACAUAAUGAAACCAUAGAACUUGUAAGUAUUCAACUUUUAUUAAGCCUAGUUUACACAAAGUCUUUGUGAUUACAGUAGCAAUUUCGUACAGGUAAGUUUUAGUCCGUGUGACCUCGAAAAGUGCCUAGAAAACGGCAUAACCAUUCAACUUGGAUGGUUAUGCCGUUGACUGUCUUCGGCAUAGCCAUUCAACUUGGAUGGCUAAUGGCGUUAACUGUCUUCGGCAUGGCCAUUCAACUGAGAUGUUUAUGCCGUUGAAUAUGUUCGGCAUAAACAUUCAACUUAGAUGUUUAUGUUCGGCAUAAACUUUCAACUUAGAUGCUUAUAUGUUCGGCAUAAGCAUUCAACUUAGAUGUUUAUGCCGUUGAAUAUGUUCGGCAUAAACAUCUAAGUUGAAUGCUUAUGCCGAACCUAUUCAACGGCAUAAAUAUAUAGGUCGAAUGUUUAUGCCGAACAUCAUAUAUUCAACGGCACAAACAUCUAUGAUCUAAACAUCAUAAACAUCAUCUAUGCUUAUAUGCCGAACAUAUAUUCGACUUAGAUGUUUAUGCCGUUGAAUAUAAGUUCGGCAUAAACAUCUCAAUUUCCUCAAACAUUUCUUACAAAUCCUUCAAAACCUAGAAUUUACCAAUGGAAAAUUCCUCCUGUGAUCACAGAAACUUUGAUAGUGUAGGCUUUACAACGGUUUUGGAAUGUCAGACAGUGGUAUUGGCAAUGAGGUAUAAGUGCCUUGUUGUAAUUAACCUUUCUUUUCUCAAGUUAAAAAGUGUGCAAGGAGGAAAGCUAAGUAAUUGUGACAAUGUCAAGAUUGAUUGGGGUUUAGAACAGGUCAGUAGGAAAAUCAUUCCAUACAUCUCAGAAUAACCAUUUUACCUCAUGACUAAAUGACAUUGUUUAUCUUUUAGGCAGAGAAUAUUUACGAAGAACCGUGCAAUUUUGGAGAUCUACGGAUUGACUUACAAAGUGAAGACGAGAGCAUUGAAGAACCGAUUAAGGCAAGACGUUUGGACUUGUGUAGACCGUUAAAAACCAUAGAAAUAAUAGACAGGUCUAAUAUUUCUAUGUUAAAAACUCAAUGAUUAAAGACAAACUAAAUCACUACCAUGUUACAUAAACUUUAGCUUUGAUUUUCUCGGCUAAGACAACGUCGAUUUUUAAAAUUACUUCGCUCUCGUAUCUUGUACAGUAUUAACUCCCAAUGUAAUCAAGUCGUUGAAAAUAACGAAAUAUUUAUGCUCUCUUACUUACUCGUUUCCAGGUUCCAGCGACUCCGCCUCGAAGCAAGCGUCCCAUCAGCAUUGCCACUUUUCCGCCCCCAAUCCCCCGCUCCAAAACAAUGGGAAACGACGUUGACGUGACGCCACAAUAUCACUCGUCCAGUCCCUCCAUGAGUGUCAUUGGUGAACUAAAGAAACGACACGGGUUAGGGGAGGACCUCAAGAAAAAUUUAAGGAGGACGGCACCCCCGCCCCCUCCCACCUCUACAAUACCGGGGGCACAUACUGGGGUGGUUUACCCCACUACACAACAUUCAACAUUUACAAAAUCACAUCAACGAAGGUUGGUUCCUAAGACUUGUUUUCCGUCCCGAUACGGCCAGUUACGAAGCUGUCGUUGUGGCAGAUGUGGUGGAGUUUGGAUAUAAAGGCCGCUCAAAACAAGUCCUAAUAGAGGGCUGUAGAUUUGGCAACGACUACGAGAUUCGUUGUUUUCAAAUACUCCACAUCUUCUUGCAUAAUUCCGUAGUAGAUGUUUGUUUUACUACGAGACUUUGCAAGAGUUUCGUUGUCAAUUUGGCCACAGAUUAAGAACAGGGGCCGGUUGUUCAAAGGUGGAUUAGCUUAAUCACAGAAUAAGAAGUUAUACCAGAAGCGUAACUCGAGCGAAUAUUUGUCCGCGUUUUUACAAGCGAUUCGUCAUCAAUCACGCCAUCCUGGCUAGUACAACCGGCACUUUGUACCUACCAAAUCCUGAUAAAAACUUCCGGCUGUACUAACCAGGAUGGCGUGGCCUGACGUGAGCGAGUUAAAAUUUUCGUGGACGUCAAACAAGGGAAACGACUAGAGUUACGCUUCUGGUAUAGCUUCCUAUUAUGUGGCUUAAUUAACCCUAGGUUAACCUAAAAUUCAAAGCAAACUUCCCGACAGCUUGUCUAGAAUUUGAAAAUGUUUUUUCAGAGAUCUUGUCUGAAUCGAUAGCAGUUUACUUCUCUGAAAUUUUGAAAUAAACAGACGUGCAGGAAUACACAAACUACAACAGCAGAUUAAAUUUUAACCCAGGGUUAGCGCUAACCCACCUUUGAACAACCAGGCCCUGAUGUGUAACUUCAGUAAAAACUAGUUGUCCAACGGUCGCCAUCUACUUAGCAACUGGGUAAUACUUAAUAUUACGCCGCCAUCUUCGUAGGAAGUGUCAUGACGUGUACAGGUUAGGGAAAUUUGAGGACACGAGAUCCUAUGAAGUUACACAUCUGAGGCAAGUUGUCCAAUGUCCCAUUAUCGUGUGAUCUUUACGUCUUAUCACCAUUUUAUACUUGAAUGAAAAAUACUGUAACUAGGCAAUUUUUAUUAUGAAUGUAAUGAAAUCCCACAUGUAUUCCAAUGGCUAACAAAAAUUUUCAUUUCAGUAACUCCACCCCUUACGAGGAUUCCCCACCUACCCCUCCUAUCCGCGUGGGCUCAGUCAGUCGAUCGAACCGUACACCCCUCCCUGUCCCUAAAACACGCCCACUAUCCCCAAACAAGAUGACUACAUCUCAGUCAUCUUCGUCUCUAAGUAGAAGACCCUCUAAGAAGUCCAACACACUUGAAGCGUAAGUCUAAAGGUGUUUCGGUCAAACCUGGAUGAGAGUUGAUGAGAAUAGCAACUCUCGCUUGCGUUUAAGCCAGCUCUCAUCAACUCCAUGGAAAUAAUAGAUAUCUUUUAUUUCUAUGAUCAACUCUCAUACACUCGCAUCAACUUUGAGUUCAGUGGUUCAAAUUUAGACGAGAGUUUUCGCUAAGCUCGCGGUAAUUCCAGCUAACUCUUAUCAACUCUCAUUAACUUUGAACUACUACAGAAGGCGAAGCUUGAUCUGACCUUUGCUUCAAAUUUUGAUAAGAGUUGAUGAGAGUUUUCGCUAUCGCGCAGUAAUAUCCAUGAGUGAACUUUCAUCAAUGGACGACUUGCGCUUUAGACUAAAUUUUAAUCUAAGUAAGAACAACGAAAUCUAUCACCACAGCUAGAACGAGCGUCUUGGAAUUAGUAAUAUUACAAAGUUUGGUUGCGAAAUGUUGUAAAAUACGGAAAAUAUAGCCCUUCAAAGUUGGCAAAUUUGUAUACUUUUAUAUUACGUGCGUGAAUUGGUAACUAAAUUAGUUACCAAUUUCCGCACGUAAUAGAAAUGUAUACAAAUUUGCCAACUUCGCAGGGCUAUAUUUUCCGUAUUUUACAAGAUUUCGCAACCAAACUUUGCAGUUUUUCUAAUUUUGAUAACUUCUUUCCGAAAAUAUCCUUUGUUAUUCCCAGAUUAAAAAUUUUUCUAAAGCGCAAGUCGUCCAUUGUCAUACAACUAUGUUCUCGUUUGACGACAGUUGUCAGAUUCCACAUCAGUCACGUGUGAGAAAAGCGCUUCCAGUUGGACUCUAGCAAACAUUGCUAUCCUAGCAUGGCUAUCCAGUAUAAAUAAUGUUAGUUUAGCCAUGGAUAGUUAAAGCAUCUGUGUUUUUAUCACCCAUGGUAUGACCAGUACUGGCGAGAACAAUUUAGGACUAUCCACAGAACUAUCAGCCGUUAUGUCCAGUAUAAAUAAAGUUAGUUUAAUUACCUUCACGUGUCUCUAAUCAUUCCAGGCGUCCAAAACCUCCGAUGGGCCCGAAGCCGAAGCUAGAAGAUUCAAACGGUAUGAAUUAGUCUUAUAUUGCAAUACAUGAAGGUUCACUUCACUGAUACUUUCAUCAGUCUAGGCUAAGUAGGUAAUAUGUAAGCGUAAUACUUGAUGUAAUCGGUCACUGAACAGCCCCGUUGGGGAGUGAGCUGAAUAAUAUAUAUAUGUAUGUAUGUAUAAUUUCAUGCUGGAUUUGAAGACUUGAUUUUCUUCCUUAGAUUCCAAGAAAGUAUCCCGUACUCUCUCAUCCUCCCCACCUUUAACACCUGCCCCCUUACCCACGUCAGUUCCCCCUCCUAUAGCGCGUCCUUUAUCACCCCCUACUCCAACACGAACCGUGUCCCCGCCGUCUGUAGCUCGAUCUACAUCUUCACCCACAACGUGGGCUGUAUCACCACCUAAAACACGGGCUGUCUCGCCACCUACAACGCGGGCUGUCUCGCCGCCUACAACGCGGGCUGUCUCGCCACCUACAACGCGGGCUGCCUCGCCUCCUAACACCCGGGUAAUGCCCCCUACUACAGGCCUCCCGCCUCCACCAAGCCCAGAACUUCAGCCCCCACCAAGACCUCCUAAAGAUUCGAGAUUGAAAGGCGAACCAGACAGAAGUACCGGGAAUACGCCACCACCAGUACUUCCACCUCGUGCAUUAUCACCCACUGUAAGUGACAAGCAUGUUAUACACAACCGUUAUGGAAGGACGUACAGUUGCAAUUAAAAAAUAUUGUCUGUGUUUACGUGAAAAUUUCUCAAACAGGGCAGGAAAAAAGAAUUUUCUUCCUGGGAGCACAACCUGGAGACAUAAUUUUCCUGCAGACCAACAGAGUAUUUUUGUGCUAAAUCUGCAUGUGCAUAAACAUAUAGUGUUCUAGCUGACCAUGGUUUUAAAUUCAAGGAAUAAUGCCUGUCAACUAUAUGUUGUUGCGCCCAUAGUCGGACAUGGAUGUUAAGGUUUCCUUCAAAUUUUCAAUAGCAAAUCUUCAUUCAAACGAAUUUCCUGCAGCUGUUUAAUAUUUCCUGCGAGCAGUGCUCGCCUAUUUUUUCCACCCCUAUUCUCAAACUAUUAUUAUGCUAGCAUUAAUCAAGUACUUUAAUACUUAAAUAAACUUUCAUCUAUGCAAAAACAAUGUUUCAAUUUUUUGUUUUCAAGGCAAAAGUGAAACGUGUUGAAGCUAUUUUCGACUGUGCGGCUGACAAUGAUGAUGAGUUAUCAUUUUCUGAAGGUGAAAUUAUCGUUGUGUCUGGUGAGGCCGACCCUGACUGGUGGGUAAGUAACAAGCGAUGCAGCGUUGUCUUUCAAAAGCAGGGCAAUUAGGGGUCUCACCCUUACUGGUAGCAGCCCCCACCGUAGGCUGCUCGCAGCCCCCACCUGAGAAUUUUAAUCCGGUUUUUCUUUGAACGAAAUUUUGGACUGCGAGCAGGCUACCUUACUGUGUCUCGAACCUCGUGCUCAGGGUUUUUCCUCUUGUGGAGCAAAGACCCUGGUAGACGCUGGUCACGUGAUCUGCUAAAAUCUAGCAGAUUUCUAAUUAAUUAUCUUGGAUUCCUUUACGACAAUCAUACAAAAAGCAAAUUAUAAAUUAAACUACAAAAAUUAUGCAAAUAUCAAAUAUUCAUUGACCUUAUUUUGGAUUGCUAAUUAAAAAUCUGCUAGAUUUUAGCAGAUCACGUGACCAGCGUCUACCAGGGUCUUUUCUCCCCUCGCCAAGAGGAACCUGGGCACGAGGUUGACUGGGUUUAAUGGUAGAGCAGUCUAAUAGGCCGUGGGCUGUUGUGCAAAAAAGUGCCUAGAAAAGCAAUUUCGUGGCACCCAUCUGGGAAAUAGAUUUUCUGUGGUUCAAUUCAUAGAACCAUAGAUGCUUAAUUACCACAAAAAGUUCCCAAGCAAAAAACCUGCUCAACACCGAGCAAAUGGGUGAUCAGUGAUUAUCCUCUAUUAAAUUGUAUUACAGCAAGAAAAUGUAAAAUUUUGUAUUCAAUUACAACAAAAAUGACUUGCAUUAUCAGAAAGCUUACAAAAACCUACAUAUAAGACAUUUAAACAGUUUUUUUAUAUCUAUAAUUGUUUUCGAGUUAUACGCUGUCAAAACGCGUUUUUGACCUAGUACCCAGUCCUUAUUGCGACAUUUUGGUCCAAUUUUCACAUUUAAAACAGCAAUAACUCAAAGACUAUUCGAAAAAUCAAAAACUGUUUAAAAAUCUUGUAUGCGGUUUUUUGUACGUUUUCCGAUGAUGCAAGUAAUUUUUAUUGUAAUUGAAUACAGAAUUUCUCAUAUUUUUGCUGUAAUACAAUUUAAUAGAGGAUAAUCAUUGAUCACCCAUUUUCUCGGGAUUGGGCAACUUUUUUGCUUGGGAACUUUUUUUGGUAGUGAUGUACCUAUAUAUCUUUCAAAUAAACCCCAAACCAAGUAUUUCUCACAUGGGGGUCACGAACCGAAAUAAUUUUGGCCAACAGCCCACGGCCUAUAAAACUUAUAGUGCAAUGCAGUAAAUAAAAUUUAAAUCGCUUUGUUUAUCUAGAUGGGCCACAUCGAAGGAAACCCCAGGAGAGAGGGCGUAUUUCCUAUCACAUUUGUGCGCCCCUUCGAGAAGGAAUAACACCCCCUGGAUCCAUUGUAUUCACCCAGCGUCCCCCAUCGUUGCUGAGGAAAGUUUGCCCUCCAACUUCUCUGGCUUGAGUGAAUGCAUCGGUUAUUUAAAGUGGACGUUUUACGUUGGUUUUAGAGUAUCUUAAAGAACGGCUAGACACAUGAUUAUUUCCAAAUAGCCAAUCACGUGCGAGGUUCAGAAUCGGAACCUAACCAAAUAUGGAAGUGAGAUUCGCAUCGAUUUGAGCAGAGGCUUUUCCACGUUUCUGUCGCCUCGCCGUUGUUUAAGAUACUCUGGAAGCAGAGUAAUGGUGUGUUUAUUAUCUUCAGAGAACUCGUAAAGGUCUCGUUCAAACUAUUCCAACGUUUAACAAUCCAACAUCAGCCGCCAUUAAGAUUGAUUUACACACGUAAAAAUCUCACAACUUGUCAACAAGAUGUGUUCGCAACAGGCUUGUAGCAAGCUUGUCAACAAGUUGUAACAAUGCUGUUAUCAAGUUGCUACAAGGUUGUCACUCACAACUUGUUGACAAGUUGUUGAAUUGCAGGACGAUAACAAGUUGUUGGAACAACUUGUAACAAGUCUGUUGAGCUCAACAACCUUGUAGCAAGUUGACAACUUGUCAACAAGCUGGGAACAAGCAGUGCGAACACAUCUUGUUGACAAGUUGUUGGAACAGCAUUGCUACAAGUCUGUUACAGGUUUGUUACAAGUUAUGCGUUAAACUGUCGCAUGCAACCAGGUUUGCAACUUGAGUUGUACUGUGUAAAUCAAGUACACAACACGUCUAUGUUGUCGCAGGCGAAUCAUGUGCUUGAUUUACACAGUACAAUUCAAGUUGUAAGCAGGUUGCAUGCGACAGUUUUAGGCAAAACUCAAAUUGUGUAUGAUGUAAAUCAGGCUUUACCCUCCAUGAUGUUGAAACCAUGCUAUAUUUAUUUCAAUGGUCGAAACAGACCCAACAAUCUUACCAUGUACGACGAUGUUGGAUCAAAAUGUUCGACUAGUUGAACGGGGCUUAAACGUCAAAGUAUCUUGACCAACUUUGAGAUAUUUAUAAAUUUUGUAAUGUGUAAUUGAGAUAUUUUUUUGUGAAACAUAAAAAUCUAGUACAGGAAGCUGGAUAGCGCUAUCAACCACAUAGUGAUUUUUUAAAAUUGGUCGUUGAUUAGUGUAACCCAGAUUGGACUUCAAUAUUUACACCAUCACAUUUCUGUGAUCACAGUAGGCAUUUUGUAAAGGUCCAUUCUAAGGUUUGAAAGAAAUGUUUGAGGAAACCGACACAGUGUUUAAACGUUUAAAGCCGGUUACAGACGAGCAAGUUUUCUAUGACAAGUUUUUAUGUGACAAGUUUUAUUUGCUCGUCUGUACGCGCAACUUUGACAAGUUUUUCAAUGACAAGUGCACUUGUUCAAAAGCUAGCAUGCUAGCUUUUGAACAAGUGCACUUGUCAUAGAAAAAAUUGUCAAAGUACAAAUUUUGUUCGUCUGUAUGGGUCAACAAAGAAAACUUGUCAAUGUAAUCUGAGCAUUUGAUGUGAUUGGCCAGCUGGCUAAUUGUCAAAGUAAACUUGUUGACACGCUCACACCAGUAAAUAAAACUAGUCAUAUGAAAACUUGUCAUAUAAAAUUUGUUGCAUAUACACAAGUGCACUUGGCAAAUAAAACUUGUCACGUAAAAACUUGUCAUAGAAAACUUGCUCGUCUGUAACCGGCUUAACAGUUCCCUCAAACAGUUCUUACAAAUCCUUCAAAACUUAGAAUUUACCUUUGCAAAAUUCCUACUGUAAUCACAGAAACUUUAGUGAUAUAAACCACCUUUAAACUUUGAAGGUGUAAACCACCCUUAAUUUUAAAGCAUUUGAAAAACGGUUGAAAAUUCACUAGCCACGGUGAAUAGGGUUAUCUGGCUUUCGCACAAUCGACAAGAGUUACUUUAGAGUUUUUUUUCUACAUGUGAAAACCUUCCUAGCAAAUUUGACAGUCCUGUAAUUUAAAUGCUCUCAUGAAAUUUGAGCAUCAGGAUAAAUAGAUUAAUAUCGAGAUACAGUACAAAUAAUAAAAUUCGAAACUAAUAUUUAAAUAAAACAUUCCUGUUCAGCUUUAAAUGCAGAACGGUUGUAAAUGAACAAUUUUACAUUUAAUGAGAUGUCUGUUACAGGUAAUUGUCAUUAUUAUAUAUUCAAAGUCUA